AAUGUCACUUUAACUUCAACAACGCCGAAAUUUGGUUUAACUGCGUCCCGCAAAAAUUUUGUUAUUUGAAUUUGUUGCUAUUGCUAAUUUCACAAAAGUUGAUAAUUUAAAUUUAUUACUCACAUCGCAUUAAAUAUUUAAUAUGGAUGCCCUAGAGUACAAUGAUAUCCAAUCAGAAGUCCGCGGAGUUAUGACUCCAGGAAGACUCAAACUUGGUGACCAAAAUAUCGUCUUCAAAAACAACAAGACUGGCAAAGUCGAACAAAUCAACUCCGCCGACAUAGAGUUGGUAAAUUCUCAGAAAUUUGUUGGUUCCUGGGGCAUUCGUGUCUUCACAAAGAAUGGAACCCUGCAUCGCUUUUGCGGCUUCAAAGAUAGCGAACACGAGAAAAUCGGAAAAUUUUUCAAGAAACAAUACGAUUUGGACAUGUUAGAGAAGGAGCUCUGUGUCAGAGGCUGGAAUUGGGGCACGGCCAAGUUCAAUGGCUCUGUGCUCAGUUUCGACUUGGACGUAAAGACUUCGUUUGAGAUUCCUCUCAAUCAUGUGUCGCAAUGUAAUACGGGAAAGAAUGAGGUAACCCUGGAGUUCCAUCAAAACGACGACGCUCCAGUUGGCCUCAUGGAGAUGCGUUUCCACAUUCCCACCAGUGAAUCGGCCGAAAUCGAUCCGGUGGAGAGUUUCCAGACGAAUGUCAUGAACAAAGCAUCGGUCAUUUCGGUGUCGGGUGAUGCCAUCUCGAUCUUCCGCGAGAUUCAUUGUCUCACUCCUCGUGGUCGAUACGACAUCAAGAUCUUCUCGACGUUCUUCCAACUUCACGGUAAGACGUUCGAUUAUAAGAUCCCAAUGUCAACGGUUUUGAGGUUGUUCCUGCUGCCACACAAGGACAAUCGACAGAUGUUCUUUGUACUGUCUCUGGAUCCCCCAAUCAAACAGGGUCAGACAAGGUACCACUUCUUGGUGUUGCUUUUCGGUCCAGAAGAGGAUAUCUCCCUCGAGUUGCCAUUCACUGAGGAGGAAUUGAAGGAGAAAUACGACAACAAAAUAACCAAGGAGCUCUCCGGACCCGUCUAUGAGGUUAUGGGAAAAAUCAUGAAGGUCCUGAUUAACAGGAAGAUCACUGGACCAGGAAAUUUCAUGGGACAUUCGGGAACUCCAGCCGUAGGAUGUUCAUUCAAAGCUGCCGCCGGAUACCUCUAUCCAUUGGAGCGAGGCUUCAUUUAUGUGCACAAACCACCACUGCACAUUCGCUUCGAGGAGAUUGCCACAGUGAACUUUGCCCGUAGUGGUGGAUCCACUCGUAGUUUUGAUUUCGAAAUCGAGCUCAAAUCGGGAACCGUCCACACAUUCAGCAGCAUCGAAAAGGAGGAAUACUCCAAGUUGUUUGACUUCAUUCAAAAGAAGAAGCUUCACGUCAAGAACACCGGCAAGAACGACAAGGGAGCCUACAAGGAUGACUUCGGUGAUUCGGACAAUGAAAACGAACCAGAUGCCUACUUGGCUCGUGUCCAAGCUGAGGCACGUGAAAAGGAUUCAGAUUUGGACGAGGAAGGUUCGGAGGAGGAAUCAACGGACGAAGACUUCAAACCAAAUGAGAAUGAAUCCGAUGUAGCCGAGGAGUAUGACAGUAACGCACAAAGUGAUUCAUCGGAUGACAGUGACGCCAGUGGAGGUGGUGGUGGUGGUGAUGCCGAGAGCUCCGAACGCAAAGAGAAAAAGAAAGAGAAGAAAGAAAAGAAGGAGAAGAAAGAAAAGGAAAGAAAAGAACGCAAAGAAAAGGUCGUAAAGAAGACCAAGAAGAAGGAUAAGGAUUCGAAUAAGCCAAAGCGAGCCACCACAGCUUUCAUGAGUUGGUUGAACGAAACUCGAGAAGAGAUCAAGAAAGAUAAUCCCGGCAUAAAGGUGACCGAGAUAGCUAAGAAAGCUGGCGAGAUGUGGCGCGAUCUGAAGGACAAAUCGAAAUGGGAGGAAAUAGCCAACAAAGACAAGCAGCGAUAUGCGGACGAAAUGAAGGACUACAAUGCCUCCGGAGGUGCUGCCAAUGCGGGAAGUGACGAUGAAGGCAAAAAGGCAGUAAAACGAAAGAAGGAAUCCCCAACCAAGCGUUCGGCGAAUGUGUCGAGUGGGUCAUUCAAGAGCAAGGAAUACAUAUCUGAUGACUCGUCAUCGAAUGAUUCGGACGGUGGGGCAAAGAAAAAGCCAAAGGGGGACGAUAAGAAGAAAUCGGAAUCCGAAGGGGAUGAGGAGGAGAUCGAAUCCUCGGGAGAUGAAUCUGAGGGCGAGAAAAAAAAGAGCAAAGAUUCAAAGAGCAAAAAGAAGGACGAAGAGGAUGAAUCUGAUGCUGAAAAGGGAAAGAGCAAGGCACCGCCAUCGAAGGCCAAAGCGAAGAAAAAGGAUGAAUCCGGAGAUGAUGAAGAGGAUGAAGAAAUUGAGGACUCUGAAGAAGAAGAUAAGAAGAAAAAUAAGAAGGCUGCCAAGCCCGAUAAGAAAAAUAAACCAGGCCCAGCAUCAAAAUCAAAAUCCAAGAAAAAAGAUGAAUCAGAUGAUGAGGAGGAAGAAGAAGAAGAGGAUGAAGACGACGAAUCAAGCGAAGUUAGCGAUUAAACAUUCAAACCAUUUAAAAGAGAAAAACAAAACAAAUUAUUAUUUAAUCGUGUUUAUUUAGUUAUUAUUCCAUUACCGUUAGUUUAUGUCUUUCAAGAGCAGUUUUGUAUUAAAAUACAUUUCUAUUACGA